GAGACAGUUCCUCACAAACCACGCAUUGCAGUGUUCUGCAGACUGCAUGCGGCUUUUGUUUUCAUCUUCCUAAAAACCCAUUGAUUUUUAUUUUUAAUCAGUGCUCAUUAAUUUAGUGCAAUUAGUGAUUAAUUUUCCGUAUUUUUUUCAACAAUGAAGUACAUCCUAGUCACUGGAGGCGUAAUAAGUGGUAUUGGCAAAGGUGUCAUUGCAAGUACGUUUGGCACAAUAUUGAAAUGCUGUGGAAUUCACGUUACGUCAAUAAAAAUCGAUCCCUACAUCAAUAUCGAUGCAGGAACCUUUUCUCCUUACGAACACGGGGAGGUUUACGUGCUGGACGAUGGAGGGGAAGUGGAUCUUGACCUGGGAAAUUAUGAGAGAUUUUUGGAUGUCACACUGCACCGUGACAACAAUAUCACCACCGGAAAAAUCUAUCAGCACGUUAUCAACAAGGAACGAAAUGGAGAUUUUCUUGGAAAAACUGUCCAAGUUGUACCGCAUAUAACUGAUGCAAUCCAGGAAUGGGUGGAGAGAAUUGCUAGGAUAUCAGUUAGUCCUGAUGGUGCUACACCUGAGGUGUGUAUAAUAGAACUGGGAGGUACCAUCGGUGACAUUGAAGGAAUGCCAUUCGUCGAAGCUUUUAGGCAAUUUCAGUUCCGUGUGAAAAAAGAGAACUUUUGCGUGGCUCAUGUAUCUCUAGUACCUCAGCCGAGAGCAACUGGCGAAUCGAAGACAAAACCCACCCAAUCGAGUGUUCGCGAACUGCGCGGUCUAGGCUUGUCGCCGGACCUGAUUGUGUGCCGCAGUGAGAAUCCAAUCAACCUGGCUGUCAAGGAGAAAAUAUCCAACUUCUGUCAUGUCGACCCCGAACAGGUGAUCUGUAUCCACGAUCUGUCGUCCAUCUACCGAGUGCCUUUAAUGAUGGAGCAGCAGAAAAUAGUUGAGUUCUUCUGCGAACGGUUGAAGUUGGACAUUCCACUGCCAAGGCCUCGCAAGUUUAUGCAGAAGUGGAGGGACCUGGCUGAACGUGCCGACAACCUGCGUCGUAGUGUGCAUAUCACACUGGUUGGCAAAUACACCCAGCUGGAGGACUCGUAUGCAUCGGUCACCAAAUCCCUGCAGCACAGCGCUAUUGCAGCCGGAUACAAACUCAAACUAACGUACAUUGAAGCAGCUGAUUUGGAAGAGGAAACAAAAGUCAAGAAUCCAGUCGCUUAUCACGAGGCCUGGCAGAAUCUCUGCAGAAGCGAGGGUGUGAUAGUUCCGGGUGGCUUCGGCAAGCGGGGUAUGCUGGGCAAGAUGGCGGCAUGCCGCUGGUGUCGACAGACCCUCAAACCCUUUUUGGGGGUGUGUUUGGGGCUGCAGGUGGCUGUCAUCGAAUAUGCAAGGAAUGUGCUGGACCUGGCAGACGCCAACUCGACCGAAGUGGACCCGAACACUAGCAACCCGGUGGUCAUCGAUAUGCCUGAACACAACACUGGCCAGAUGGGAGGCACCAUGCGACUCGGCAAGCGAACGACUGAGUUCAUCGAAAAGCCAUCCAAACUUAAGUAUUUGUACGGCAAAGACAAGAUUGAGGAGAGACACCGCCAUCGCUACGAAGUGAAUCCCGCCUACAUUGAGCGGCUUGAGGCGGCUGGCAUGAUUUUCACUGGCAAAGACACAGAAAAGACCCGUAUGGAAAUAAUGGAACUGCAGGACCACCCCUAUUACGUGGCGGUUCAAUUCCACCCCGAGUACAGAUCUCGCCCGCUGAGUCCGUCUGCGCCGUUCUUGGGCUUGAUUCUGGCGGCGGUUGGCAAAUUGGACUCCUACAUCAGCAAGGGAUGCCGGUUCUCGCCCAAGAUGAUGUCCGAUGACGAGCUCGACUACAGCUCAGAUGAAGCAGUUGACUCGAAAAACGCAGUUUCAUCGCAGCAGUUCCUUGAGCAGUUCACGAAAAAGAUUCAAGUCUGCGAAGCGACCUCCUCGUUAACCAAUGGCUAUCACAAGCAACCGGAACCGGAAACGGAAGAAGAAGCUACAACUGCGCAGACAUAGUGAUCAACUCUAUGUAUACACACCAGUAACUACUACAUAGUUACAAUAAGCAGCGAAAUUCAGCCAUCUCAAAUUGUACGUUUCUAGUUGUAGGACAACUCGGCAGGCUUCCUCCCUUCCACCAGGGUAGAAUGCUUAUCAAACAUUUUAUCCUCUUCUAUCGCCAAACAUUGUGAUGAAUUCAAAUGGAAUGUUAUAUAGAUAUAUUUUGGAGAGAUGUUUAUUGUAGCUACAAUAUUUCUUGAAAACAAUUUGUCAAUUUUAUUACAGCUAGUGAAAAACUAGCUGACUUCGACCAGAUUGUACGGUUUAGUACCGUAUACGUAAGAUUAUUUAGGUAAAAUAUUGUAGAUUAAAUUUUAAGUUUUUUACGUUUUUUUAGAAUUGGUUGGCUUGCGUUUUGUUUGUACCAAAGAGGUUGGCCAAUGAAAUGUGAUUGAAUUCUUACAGCUAGUGAUUUAGAUGAUAAAUUCCAAGAUAUUUCACUAAAUUCUUACACUUACUUUUGAUUGUAAUUUAGUGGGGUCAGAAUGUUUUUGUGCCAUUUUCUCACAAUAUUAUUGAGUCACUAGUUUAUGUCAGAAAUUUGAAGAUAUUUUUUGUAGAAUUGAUCUAUUAAGCUCUUGAGCUCGGUUUAUGAAAACAGAUUGUCACAGAUAACUUUGAAGAACAAUUUAUCAUCGUCAGCACAUAAAAGAUAAUCUAUAGACGAUUAUUUCUUUCCAGAUUUUUUAAUUACUUCAUGAUUUCAAUCAUUUAUCUGGUGAUUGGUUAGACCUACAUUCCUCGUACGGUAGUCAGUUAUAAUACAAUAAUUAAAGAUUUGUCAAGAGCUGUAAUGUAUCCUAUAUUAGAACAAGACAAUAUAUUAUUUCCAAGUUUAUCUUGUCGCUCUGUUUAUUACAUGAUUACAACAAUUUAGAAUGAAGUGCUCUAUCUAGGUAAAGUGCCGUCUUUUUUAAAGGAAUCAAUGAACGAAUUUCAUAAAUUGGUAUCAGUGAUAUUUUUAAAAUGUAUAUUAUUACAAAAAAAAUUUGCUUAUUUUAUUUUCAAACUAGAGUUGGUUGAUAUUACGAUUCUUUUUUCUCUAACUUGUGAUUAGUUUUUUUUCGAAAAAAAUUAGGGACUGUCAAGUAUCUGUUACAGUUUCAAAACUCAUAGUGCUUGUUGCACAAGAGCCGGUUAAAUUUUAACCGUGAUUAAUUCCACGAGAACCAAUCAGAGAAGUCGUCUUUUCAAAAACGCCUUCUCUGAUUGGUUCUCGUGAAAUUAAUCACGGUUAAAAUUCAACCGGCUGUUGUGCAACUGGGCCAUAAUCUUAUUAUUCACUUAUCGUUUGCUGAUGUGUUUACUAAUAUCCUUAGAACAAGGGAAAACGCCUUAGGCCCUAGUGGGCUUAUAAACAUCGAAUUUAAUUGUAUAAGGUUCUCCACUAUCACCAAGGUUAUUGCAUAUCCUUAAUCGUUUUAGAUUAACCAGCAAAAUUUAUCAAACGUUUUCAUUGAUUUCACAUCUUUUGUAGGUCAAUGACCAGUUUUCUUUAUCUUCUUGCUGUAUGAUCAAAAUCUAAAAUAUAAGUAUAAAACAUCAUAUACUUUCAUUACAAUAAGUAUAAAUAUUUAAAUUAUUCUUGACAAGCAAAACAUGGACUAAUCUACUGAGGGAGUGCUUUGUAGUAAAUAUUCUAUGUUUCUGAAAAUAUUUUGAGUUGGUGGCAACUA